UCUCCCUCCCUCGCUCCCCUGGAACGGUUACGGAUGAAGGCAGGCGGCGCGGAGGAUACGACGCUGCUUCCACCCACUCGCCCCCUCUUUUGUUUGUUGCACUCUUUAGUGUUUAAUUCCAGCAUACCAUUUCUAGAUCUGAUUUCCAUCCUGUUUCAUACGCAGCUUUGCCUUGUGCUCGGAAUUGUUUGUUUUCCAUAAUCUGAAAUCGGAGUAGGCAAGUUGAUGCUGCUGUAUACUGUGUUUCGAUCCGUGGUGUUGUCUCCGAUCGUUGGCUGUUGACCAUCCCAUAACAAAAGCACAUCUGGGCAUCCGAUCAGAGAUGUCUCGGAUCGAAAAGCUUCAAAGGAGCAGGAUCCUCGCCUGCGUCCAGGCACUGCGCUGUGCAAGACACGCGAGAAAGGACGACGUCCCUUGCCAGAUCGAGGAGGGCCUGUUUUUGGGUUCCGUAGGCGCGGCGCUUAACAAGUCAGCGCUGAAAGACCUCAACAUUACCCAUCUCUUAACCGUGGCCAAAUCGUUGGACCCUGCGUACCCUAACGAUUUCAUCUAUAAGAAGAUUGAUGUUCUUGACACCCCAAGCACAGAGUUGGAUAAAUAUUUUGAUGAAUGCUUUAGUUUCAUUGAUGAAGCCAGAAGUGCUGGUGGUGGUGUGCUGGUUCAUUGCUUUGCAGGAAUGUCAAGAAGUGUCACUGUUGUUGUUGCUUAUGUGAUGAAGAAGCAUUGGAUGAGUCUUUCAGAUGCAUUGUCACUAGUUAGGAGCAAACGACCUAAUAUAGCUCCUAAUCAGGGUUUUCUGAUCCAAUUGGAGAAUUUUGAGAAAUCUCUUGGAGAAUUCAAAAGCGAGAAAGAAACCCAGAUUGUUAAACCUUUUUAUCAUCUGGAUAAUGGUGCUGAAUGAUGCCUGUGCUAAUUAAAUGCUGGCCAAAAAAAAUUUUGUGCCUGGUGCUGGUUUUCAAGCAGUGAAUCAAGAUACAUGUUUUAUCUGAGUUGGACCAGAAGUCGAGCUUUGGAGGUUUGUUUUACUUUGGAAAUAUUUCAUUUAUCAGUUACGGUAUAUUUCAUUUGCCAUUUUUAAUCCUGAGUGAGCCAUUAUUGUUCAUUGGUGAUUUGAAGUAAUAAUUAUGAUGAAUAACAUCAGGCAUAAGAUGUUUCUGUAUCUGCUGACACAUCCGGAUUGGUUAAUGCAUUAUUGUACAAAAUGAUAGGUUUUAUAGCCUGCAGAUUACACUCUAUUCAA